AUGCCUUAUUCUUAUUUCAGAAUGAUUUUCAUCGUUCUGUUCCUCGGUUUGUUUCUCCAGGGGGUCUUAGGCGGACCCCUGCCCGAGCAAUUCAACACGGGCUGCUUCGUUAUGCAGAUGGCCCCUGUUGUGAACGAUUGCCGUCAAGUCGUCAAUGCCUUCAACCGUCAUGACCCAUCAGGCUACAUUACAGUUCAGGGCAAUCAUGCCUUCAGAAUCACUCAUGGCAACUGCAUGGGCACACUGAGCAACAAGUCUGGUUCUCCGACCGCAGUCAACCAGGAUACGCUGGCGGUUAUGAUGAAAAAUUACAUCAUCGACCCCUGCGUUCUUUACAGGCAGUGGGGGUUCUAUGAAACCGACAAGUAUGUCAUGGAGCUGGAGUUUUCGGGAGCUGAUGGUGACGCCAAGGACGGAGGUACGCCGACAGUCGUCGAGGAGGACGUGAAGUUGUCUGGCGACCAAGGCAAGGCCAGACAUGACUGA